ACUAUUUCUUCUUCCAGCAGCCCGGAGAAGUAGAAAUCGGCCAGGACGGCUGGGAAGUGAACGAGCGACUGCAGCAGGACUCCGAGCAUGGAGGAUAUAUCGUCGUGGAGCGCGGAGAGAGUCGGCGACUGGCUCCGAGGUCUGGACGCCAUUAUGCACCAGUACCCGGUGUCAGAGUGGCGUCUGUCCGGCCAGGACCUGCUCCAGCUGACCUCCGUGGACCUGGAAGGGCUGGGGGUCCAGAAGAUCGGCCACCAGGAGCUGGUCCUGGAGGCCGUGGAGAAGCUCUGCUCGCUGAAGUACGACGUCGGCGGCGAGAGCCUGCGCGGCGCCACGGAGAAGCUGCGCGCCGUCGCUCACACCCUCCAGAUGGGCAUCCAGAACCGCUGGCGCCUCAACGCCUACGACGGACGCAGCAGCAGCAAGCUGCCGCCCGGCGUUCUGCAGGUGGUGGUGGAGCUCAUCGCCUCGGCCAAAGGACUCUUCUCGCUGCUCAACAGGUGCCAGUUGUUCGAGCACAGCGGAUUCACCUCCAGCAAGCACAUAUUCAGCUACUGCAGGGACCUCGGGGAAAUCGUGCACAAGGACACCACGGCCUAUGAGAAGGAGAAGGACGUCAUCUCCGUAUGCCGUCAGCUGGUGGCCGUGUGCGACGAGAUCCUGAACUCCGGCUCGGAGGCGCUUCUCGCCAACUCCGCCCAGCUGCAGAGCGUGGACCUGGUUCCCGUGUCGCCCGGCGAUCAGCUGGGCAUUGAGAUAACGUCCACCGGUGCCAGUAACCACUAUGUGACGGGCACUGCUGCUGAGCCUUCGAGUGAUGUGAACAUCUUAGCGGGCGAUGAAGUGAUUCAAGUCAAUGACCAAGUAGUGGUGGGCUGGAGCAGAGAGAAUCUGGUGAAAAAGCUGCAGGAGAAUCCCAGCGGAGUGACCCUGGUGCUGAAGAGGAUCCCUGGCUCGGCAGCUCGCAGGGUCUCGGUCCGGAGACCCCCCCCCACGCAGAUCGAGGAAGAGGAAGAGGAGCAGAGCGAAGAGGGCGACCCCAAGCAGUCCGUCCUGCAGAGGGUAGCAGCUUCUGUCAAGUCUCUGUCUUUUAGGAAGGGGCCAGAGAUACAAUUGAUAGAGGAGCAGCCUGAGUCCCCUGAGCUCGAGAGGAGUCUGAGUAUCAGCCUGGGGUCAGGGGAUUUGGAAAGUCUGGACUCAAGCUUCAAGCUUUCCCCGGCGAUCAGAAGACGAGCCCAGACCUCGUCAACCAGAAGCUCUUCGCCGCUGCGAUUGCCGUCCUUCAGGAGCUCUUCCCCGCUAAACUUGGCGUCGUUCAGGAGCCCCUCGCCCCUGAGGUCCGCCUCAUUCAGAAGCUCCUCUCCUCAGACAGGCAAUCAGGAAACGGCCAGCGUCAAGUCCUGUCCUGUGAUGGUGGGACAAACGGGGAACAAGGAGGGUAAGAAGAGCUCAACUAAAGGAAUGACGGCGGUUAUGAGUCGGCGCCGCGUGUCCUGCCGGGAGUUGGGUAAACCCGACUGCGACGGCUGGCUGUGGAAGAAGAGGAAGGACAGCAGCCUCUUCCUCACCCAGAAGUGGCAGCGCUUCUGGUUCAUCCUCAAGGGGCCUUCACUUUAUUGGUACACCACCCAGCAGGAUGAAAAGGCGGAGGGUCUGGUUAACAUAGCCAGCUACGACAUCGAGAGCGCUGGAGAUCACAAGAGGAAAUACGUGUUUAAGAUGUGCCACCAGCGAUUUCAGAACUUCUUCUUCGCCGCCGACCACGUCAGCGACAUGAGCAAGUGGAUUAACUGUCUGAUUACAGCCAUACAAAAGCACAAGAAGUUCCACAAAGGUCCAGAUAGUGAAGAAGAGUGUUACAGUGAGACCGACUCCGAGGGCGAGAGGUCGCCUUCGCCGCUCAGACCAAACAAGGACAAGAAGGUGCAGUCGGACACUCUGCCUCGACCCAAAGGGAAGACGAGCAAAGUGCCGCCGCCAACCUCGCCACCAGGGGGCAGCAAAGGAGCAGGCUCUCAAGAAGAUGAGAUGAGCUUGAUGUUGAACAGCAUAAAGAAGGGAGGAGUCUCCCUGAUCGGCCACGAGCAACCACUCACACACGAUCACUUCAGGAAAUCGUUCAUCCGACGCAACAAGAAUCCCGUCAUCAAUGAGUUCGCUCACAAGCUCCGGGCCCUGGAGAGCACCCUGAAGGCGAGAGAGGCAGAGCUGCUGCAGAUCAACAAAGUCCUGGAGGACCCCAACCUGACGCCGUCAAAGUACCGCCAGUGGAGGCAGCAGAACGAGGAACUGGUGUUGGAAAUCGACAGGCAGCGUCCACCCAAGGCCUCGGAAGGAGGGGACAAUGCAGCGGUACAGGACACACCCGUCAAGGAGGUUCCCUUGGAAACCGUCGCUAUGGAAACAGCCACCACAUUGACUGAGGGCGCGUACGGGCUGAGACUGAGCGAUGGCGAGCAGCUAGUGGACGCAGAGGCCGAUCCGGUGCCCGAGAUCCCGCGCGGCUCCCCGAGUCCCGGCAGCAGCCCGGUGCUGGAGCUGUCCCUGGGCUCGCUGCAGGAUUCCAUAAACAGGGAGUUGGGCGAGAGCUUCUACAUUUAGCAGUCGGACAGCGUGAAGACGUGACAGGGCGACGGAGGUUCGACUCACCCGUGAAUGACUUUAAUCGGUGACGUCGGUGAAAUGUGUUACGUGCUCCGAGCAGAGAAAAUAAGAGUCUGAACAAUUUGCCAAGUGUCAAUCUGAAUUCAAUAUGUAUUUAUAUUCUUGUUCCGCUGAUGAUAAUAGGAGCAUUUAGAUUUUUUUAAAUUCAGUAAGAACCUGUGUCUUGUCAUUUUGUUAUGUACAUAGAUUUGUAGCAUAAAUACUGUAUCUGCUCAUUGACUUUACCUUAAUAAAUGUAAACAGAUGCAAUGUUUUGCACAGACAAUUCAAUCCAGAAACGCAGCUGUGGUAGUUGUUGUUCCAUCACCUGAGGAUGUAAGUGUGCGACCUUGGCUCAUACGCAGCUACAGGUUAUAAACACGUCACAGGUGGAACCUCA